UAUUACGAGGCGGGCCUCGGGGCCUCGCGCGCGGUGCUUCAAGGCUGACCCGGCAUAGGUACUUAUUGUAUCAAGUCUCGUUAACGGAGAUGUUCAUUCACUCGCACCGGCCAGAUGACCAGUAUGGCUCGCGUAACUCGCCGCCGCUGCCGCGUCUCGCUAAUCUCGUAUCGCGCGAUGGAAAAGUGACCGGAAAGAUCAACGGAUUUCCUAUUGCCUAUUGAUAUGUGCCUGAAGUAUCGGUCCUACAUCAUGGAAACGCAAUCGAUGUCUGAGCUCGUUUGACGACGAUGGCAGCGCUGGUUCGUCUUAAACGCGGUAGCGUCCAGCUGAGACACGCGGCACUCGAGGUCAAAGUCAGCUAUUUGCGUUGCAUCAUUGCCGAGCCAAAGUCGAGGUCGCCUGCAAUAUACUCGGAGUAGUGGAGAGAUAGUGCGCGAAGAAUCUCACCGGGCGUGAUAAGAGCGAGAUGCCGCGGUCGAUUUCAUUAUUUUUGAGUUCUGUGAGAUGGCAGACUUCGUCAAGAGAGGUAGCGUGCAGUUCGUUAAACGUGGCAGUUGUCAACUAAAGCUUGCUGCGCAAGAGGUUCGAGCGGCUGUACGAGCGCGACACAUCGUCGCCGCGUUAGUCGCAGUUGGAUUUGCGCUUUGCGGCGCGGUUGAAGUCAGCUCUUCCGUCGCACUGUUGGCGAAUCAGAAGGACAAUCAUGCCAUCAUCGACACAUCGUGGCACUGCGAUAUGCUGGUCAAUAUCACCAGCCGCAAUCGCACCGAGGACUUCGAAAUUAUAUUCAUGGAGCUGCCACAGGAGGAGCGAGCGGAAUCGAUUAUGCGCGAGGCGUUCUUAUGGGGACAAGUCGCCGGUCCGAUCCUGGGAGGUUGCCUGGUGUGGGGCCGAUCCGGGCCCUCCAUGGUCUUCUCACGUGCGGUUCUUAGCGCCUGCUUAGCGUCUCUAUUAGUACCUGCAGCCUGGCGUGGACCGUCGCACGUCGCGCUUCGGUUGUUUCAAGGAUUAUGCACCGGAGCAACCAUGCCCGCUGCUCACAUGUUCGCUAUGACCUGGUUUAAAAGUAAUCACAGAAGCUGGUACUUCAGUUGUUACGCAGCCGUCAGCGUAGGUUACUGUCUCACCGGAUGGCUGGGCACCGCGGUGGUGCGAACGUUCGGCCGCGAUUCUUUGUGCUACGGUCUGGUUCUUUUGGCACUAUGCUGGUACUUCGCCUUCGGCCGUUUCGUUAAGGACACACCGAAGAAUUAUCAACACGAUACAACUGCGGCUGUGAUACCAUGGGGAAAGCUGUUGAGAUCCGUACCCGUCUGGGCGUCCGCAGUGGCGACGAUGGGCAAUCAAUGGGGCGACGCAACGCUCGCGCUUGGCAUGACGAAGUACCUGAAGCUCAUCUAUGGGUUUUCUACAGCCAACGACUCCGUGCUGACCACGUUACCUCACAUCGGUCACUUCAUGGCUGCGCUGACCUGCGGUCUCCUCGUAGAUCACGUCCGCGAAUCUAAAAUAGUUUCCACGACCACGGCGAGAAAGUUGGUCGUCUAUACAGCGCACUUCAUCCCCGCGGCCCUCCUCUUCGUCGCCGGUUAUGCCGGCUGCCAGGCCCUGGGUGCUGCCUGGCUGGGGAUAGCAGCCCUCCUCGUUUCCGGCACCGCACCGGCCGGUGCCCUCGCGGCCAUAGCCGAUCUCGCACCCGCGGAAUCGCCGGCGUGCGCCGCGGCCGCGUGCGCUCUCUGCUCCACGCUGGGCGCCGCGGGACUGCUGGCCGCCAAUUACUUCGUCACCCAGGCUCUCCAUGGCUCCAUCGCUGGCUCUUGGCGGUUGGUGUUCGGCGUUGCCUCUGUCGUCCUGCUGACGACCGCUGCGGUUUUUCUUGCGCUCGGCAAAGGCGUUCCGCAACCGUGGAUCCCAUCCGUGGCGAGACCGCGUAGUCACGACGUAAUCUACGAGCAGGACGCAUUAGAGCUCGAUCAUGAGGACGUGGGCGUGCAGACCGAGCCCUUCGUGCCCUAUAACCUCGAGGACGACGUCGAGAGCUUGAAGAACGUGCCUCGCUCCUCGUCCAUUCACUCGAAGAUCUCGGUGGCCUCCAAUUAAAUUGCGACCGCCCUCGUGCCAAUUCUCUAUGCUAUUUUCAUGCCUCAUCUUGCGCCAAGGAUAUUCUAUUCCCCCUUCCCUCAUCCCCCAGAUUACAGCGAUAAAAAAACGAUGUACAGUGAAUAUAUCGCAAAGAUAUAGUACGAUUAACAUGAACGUCGACGAUGAAUUGUAUAUAAGGUUUUAAGAAUAGGAAUAAAAGUUUAUACGAUCAAGAGGAA